AUGGAGAAUUCUUCUGGAAUUCAGAUUUGUGUCAAAAUAUUCGUCAGGAUUUCCGGCAGAUCACCGGAGAAAUUCCGUAACUUUUUUAUACGGAAAAAAAAACGAACAAAAAUAAGUAAAAUAAAAUCCUGCGACGAAUAUGCAGUCAAGAGCAGUAAUAUAAGCAUGGAUUUCAACACAUUAGUAUUGACUCUAUCAUGGCCACCUACAGUAUGUUACAAACAUUUGAAAAGUUCUCGAAACGGAUCUUGCAAAUUUCCACUAAAAAACCAGUGGUCCAUCCAUGGUCUAUGGCCAUCGAGAAUUGUGAGAAGAGCUCCAGAUUUUUGUAACUAUACACGCAAAUACAAUCCAGCUGAAAUAGAAACUUUAAUACCAGAACUUGAAAAAAAAUGGACAAACGUAUUGAACCGGAGUGACCCGCACUCCCUUUGGAAUCACGAGUGGUCAAAACACGGCACUUGUGCCAGUGCUGUUGAUUCGUUGAAUACUCAAUUCAAGUAUUUUAAUCAAACGCUUAAGCUUUUUGAUAAAUAUAAUAUAUAUCUCCAGUGCUUAGCAAAAAUGAAAUUGAGUUUUUUUAAGUAUGAACGAAUUGAAUUGUACUAUAAUCGCGCUGAUGAAGUUAGAGGCUACGCUUACCAGCUUAUAUCAGAAGCUAUACGUCAUGGACCAACUCAUGCAGAGGCAAUGGAGAUGGCCGAUUAUUGGAUCCUAGAAAAGCAGUACGUUCACAAUUCCCUGAAUAAAAAAAGGUUAACAAUUUAA